AUGGAUGAAAAUUACCACGAUGUAGCGAUAGAUGAAGAUGCAUCGCCAGCCAAGAAAUUUGGCACUGAAAAACAAAAGACAGCUUCUGACACUGCUCCAAAUUUUUCUGAUAGAGUUGCUAGAUUAAGCAUUAGCGAAGACGCCAAUACUUCACGAGAUAUCAUCAAUGGAUUGAAGCAUUCUAAGAUGACAGAGGAGAAUCGUGCUGAUAAAAGAAGAAGAAGAUCAAGUGCGCAAUCACUCAACGGUCCAGAGAGGAGUGCUACGGUUGAGGGCAAUGGUGGUUCCAAACAGGAUGUAUCUGAAGAAAAACGUGAAAAUAACAAAGUUAUAAAGAAGGCUAAGAAAGAACCAAAGAAAGAGGUAAAGAAGGAGGUUCAAAGGGAAGCUGUUAUAGAUGAUGCUGAUAUGGGGUCUCAAAAAACCAGUAGAAAGAAGAAGAAGAAAGCAAGGAAUGCACAUGGUAUUAUCUCAGUAGAAAAGCUAGGUGCUAGAACUUCCUCCGUAAGUGAUUUGAGGGAACCAAUGAUUAGUUGUCUCUAUGGUAAAACAUUAGAUGCUUCCAAUUUGAAAAUCAAAAACAUGUCAUCAGUCAAAAAGGUGAUAACGGUAUUUGUACCUGGCUUACAACCGGAAGACUUAGGUCUACCCUCUGGCACCAGCUUCAAGGAUGCUGGUCCCUUUGAAGUAAAAAAUUCCAAAUUGUUUACCAAAGUGCCUCUUGAGCAAAAUGUAGAAGCUUUCCCCAUAAGUGCACCUGGCUCUAAGAAUUCCUUAUACCCAGCUUAUAACCAUUUCAUCAACCGAACCUUGUCAAAAAAUGAAAGAAAAACUCGUCAUCAGGAACUUUCCAGCCAAAAGAUCACCAUCAAUCAUCUUCUAAUGUCACUUAAUGAUCUGGUAGAGCAUGAUUAUCCUAUUCAUCCUCACCUGCUAGAUGAAUCUGCCCGUCAACUUAACACGAAUGCGGAAACCUAUGUUGACACCCAAAGAUUUGAUCACGACGGUUCUCACAUCUUCGCACUGGAUUGUGAGAUGUGUCUGUCUGCAAAGGGUUCCGUCCUCACCAGAGUAAGCAUUGUAGGUUUCGAUGGUAAUGUUGUGUAUGACCAGUUGGUUAAACCAGAUACGCCGAUUACAGAUUAUUUGACAAAGUACAGUGGUAUAACAGAGGAAAAAUUGGCAAACGUUACCACUACGUUGCAAGAUGUACAGCGUGAUAUUCUCAACAUGGUUAGUGAAGAUGAUGUUUUAAUUGGACACUCUUUAGAGAACGACUUGAAUGCUCUCAAGAUACGACACCCAAAGAUCGUGGAUACAUCUGUUAUUUACGACCACAGAGCUGGACCUCCAUUUAGACCAGCCCUACGACAUUUAGCUUCCACCCAUUUGAACUACAACAUCCAGACCGGGGAGAAAAUAGGUCAUAACCCAAUAGAGGACGCUAAAGCAUGCAUGGAUUUAGUUAAAUUGAAAAUCGUUAGUGGAUUGACAUUUGGAGUUUCUGUUACAACAGAAAACAUCUUCCAAAAGUUGUCCGCUGCUGGAAUCAAAUGUCUAAAGUUAGACGAUAAUGCAUUCAAAAGGAGGAACGCAGAGGCUGUCAAUGCUGUAUCACCGAAUUAUGAUGGCCAAGUUUUUGAAAGUCUAAUAGAUAAUAUCGAUGACAACCAGUUUUUAGUCGCACGUUUGAAAGAAUUGGCACAAUCGAGAGGAUAUGCCUACAAUGUCUCGAUGAGAUCUGACAAAGAAAAGGGAGAAGUGCCUUCUGAAACGCAAUCCCUGGAUGUGUUAUCCCGUGGAUUGGCUAAUUUGUAUGAGAAAUCUCCCAAUGGUACUAUGAUAGCGGUAUUUUCGGGCAAUGGUGACACCAGACCGUAUUCCAAAAUAAUGGCCGAAUUGGAAACUAUAGAUAGAGAUCAAAGAACUAAAGCAAGACAAGAGAGAUCUGGAGAAUUGGAGAAAGCGGUCUCGAGGGCAAGAGAUGGUGUUGCCGUCAUUUUCUUCAAACAAGAAACGCUUGACGAGUAG